GCCGCCUGCCGCGGAUCGCGUGGUCGCCUCGGCUCGCCGCGCCUCUCCCCCGUCCGUCCAUAUUGCUGCAGCCCCCGAGCCGGGAAGCCCGGGCCGCCCCGGCGGCGGGGGGGAGGGAGGGACGGGACGAGAAGCCUGCCAGGCUCGGGGUGGGGGCGCCUUGCGAGGAACGGGCGGGGGGGGGACGCGCGCCGAGGAGGCCUGGACCGCAGAGUGGGGGGCCUUCCUACCCCCCCCGCCCCGCCAGCGGGCCUCGGAUCUACGGCGGCUGCAUCCGACCGCGAGGGGGGCCGCGCCUAGCGUGAACCCCGACCCUUCUCCGCAGGGACUGGGGCCCAGCGCCCCGGAGGAAGGCGUCGCGGGUGCCCUGAAAGCCAAGUUCGAGGCGGGGGAGGCAGCCUCGGGCGCGCCCGGCUUCUCCGGGGGGGCGGGCGCGCAGAUGGCCACUCAGGUGGAGCCGCUGCUGCCGGGGGGCGCCCCCCUCUUGCAGGCCGAAGAGCACGGGGGUCUGGUGAGGAAGAAGCCGCCGCCGCCGCAGCCCGAGGGCAAGGGCGAACCCGGGGCGAACGACGUCGGAGGGGGGGAGCCGGACGGCGGCGCCCGGAGACCUCGGCCGCCCUGCGCCAAGCCACACAAGGAGGGCACCGGGCAGCUGGAACGCGAGAGCCCGCGGCCGCCGCAGCCGCCGGGCGCCGAGGGCCUGGCGAUCAGCGACGGGGAGGAGGGCGGCGGCGGUGAGCCGGGCGCUGGCGGAGGAGCGGCUGGAGCCGCGGGCGCCGGGCGUCGUGACUUCGUGGAGGCCCCUCCGCCCAAGGUGAACCCGUGGACUAAGAACGCGCUGCCGCCGGUCCUGGCCACGGUGAACGGACAGUCCCCUCCAGAACAUUCUGCUCCAGCCAAAGUGGUGAGGGCGGCAGUUCCUAAACAGCGCAAAGGCAGCAAGGUUGGUGACUUUGGAGAUGCAAUCAACUGGCCCACACCUGGAGAGAUAGCCCACAAGAGUGUACAGCCACAGUCCCACAAGUCCCAGCCUGCCCGGAAGCUGCCACCCAGAAAAGACAUGAAGGAACAGGAGAAAGGAGAGGGAAGCGAUAGUAAAGAGAGCCCGAAAACCAAAUCAGAUGAAUCUGGGGAGGAGAAGAAUGGGGACGAGGACUGCCAGCGAGGGGGCCAGAAGAAGAAAGGGAGCAAACACAAGUGGGUUCCGUUGCAAAUAGACAUGAAGCCUGAAGUGCCCAGAGAAAAACUGGUCUCGCGCCCUGCUCGCCCACCAGAGCCGCGGCACACAGCUGCCAACCGAGGGGAGAUCAAAGGGUCUGAGCCUGCCACCUACGUGCCCGUACCCAUGGCCCCCCCAACCCCAGCCUGGCAACCAGAGACCAAACCGGAGCCUGCCUGGCACGACCAGGACGAGACAUCGAGUGUGAAGAGUGAUGGGGCUGGUGGGGCGCGGGCUUCCUUCCGUGGCCGUGGACGGGGGCGUGGUCGCGGCCGGGGACGCGGCCGGGGUGGCACUCGAACCCAUUUUGACUACCAAUUUGGCUACCGAAAGUUUGACGGUGCAGAGGGGCCUCGUACCCCCAAGUACAUGAACAACAUCACCUACUACUUUGACAAUGUCAGCAGCACUGAGCUUUACAGUGUGGACCAGGAGCUGCUCAAAGACUACAUCAAGCGGCAGAUCGAAUACUACUUCAGCGUGGACAAUUUAGAGCGAGACUUCUUCCUGCGACGGAAAAUGGAUGCUGACGGUUUCCUUCCCAUCACCCUUAUUGCUUCCUUCCACCGAGUGCAGGCCCUUACCACUGACAUUUCACUCAUCUUUGCGGCCCUAAAGGACAGCAAGGUGGUGGAGAUCGUUGAUGAGAAAGUCCGCAGGAGGGAGGAGCCAGAGAAAUGGCCUCUUCCUGGUCCCCCAAUAGUGGAUUAUUCCCAGACUGAUUUCUCCCAGCUUCUCAACUGCCCCGAGUUUGUGCCCCGUCAGCAUUACCAGAAGGAGACAGAGUCAGCGCCUGGUUCUCCCCGGGCCGUCACCCCAGUGCCAACCAAAACAGAGGAGGUCAGCAACCUAAAGACGCUGCCCAAGGGCCUGUCUGCCAGCCUGCCUGACCUGGAUUCUGAGAACUGGAUUGAAGUAAAGAAGAGGCCGCGGCCGUCCCCAGCACGGCCCAAGAAGUCCGAGGAGCCCAGGUUCCUCCACCCAACCUCUCUGCCUCAGCAGCUGCCCUCUCAGCAGCUUAUGUCCAAGGAGCAGGAGGAGCAAGAGGAGCUCGAUUUCCUGUUUGACGAGGAGAUGGAGCAAAUGGAUGGGCGGAAGAACACCUUCACCGCCUGGUCUGAUGAGGAUUCUGACUAUGAGAUUGAUGACCGGGAUGUGAACAAGAUCCUCAUUGUCACCCAGACGCCGCCUUAUAUGCGUCGGCACCCUGGGGGGGACCGCACAGGCAACCAUACCUCGCGUGCCAAGAUGAGCGCGGAGCUGGCCAAGGUCAUUAACGAUGGGCUCUUCUACUACGAGCAGGACCUGUGGACCGAGAAGUUUGAGCCUGAGUAUUCCCAGAUCAAGCAAGAAGUCGAGAACUUCAAGAAAGUCAAUAUGAUCAGCCGGGAGCAGUUUGAUACACUAACCCCAGAGCCCCCCGUGGAUCCCAACCAGGAGGUCCCUCCUGGGCCACCCCGCUUCCAACAAGUCCCCACCGACGCCCUGGCCAACAAACUGUUUGGUGCUCCUGAGCCCUCCACCAUCGCCCGUUCUCUACCAACCACUGUCCCAGAGUCACCAAACUACCGCAAUGCCAGGACCCCCCGCACUCCCCGGACACCACAGCUCAAAGACUCAAGUCAGACAUCACGGUUUUACCCAGUAGUGAAAGAAGGACGGACGCUAGAUGCCAAGAUGCCUCGAAAAAGGAAGACAAGACACAGCUCAAACCCACCCCUGGAGAGUCACGUGGGCUGGGUGAUGGAUUCCCGAGAGCACAGGCCCCGGACGGCAUCCAUCAGCUCCAGCCCCUCAGAAGGGACACCUGCAGUUGGCAGCUACGGCUGUACCCCACAGUCUCUGCCCAAGUUCCAGCACCCUUCCCAUGAGCUGCUCAAGGAAAAUGGCUUCACACAACACGUCUACCACAAGUAUCGUAGGCGCUGCCUUAAUGAGCGGAAACGCUUGGGCAUUGGCCAGUCUCAGGAGAUGAACACUCUCUUCCGCUUCUGGUCCUUCUUCCUCCGAGAUCACUUCAACAAGAAGAUGUAUGAGGAGUUCAAGCAGCUGGCUCUGGAGGAUGCCAAAGAAGGCUACAGAUACGGUUUGGAGUGCCUUUUUCGAUACUACAGUUAUGGCCUGGAAAAGAAGUUCCGGCUGGAUAUCUUCAAGGAUUUUCAGGAGGAAACGGUGAAGGACUAUGAAGCUGGCCAACUCUAUGGACUGGAGAAGUUCUGGGCCUUCUUGAAAUAUUCCAAAGCCAAAAAUUUGGACAUUGACCCCAAACUUCAAGAAUACCUCGGCAAAUUCCGACGUCUGGAAGACUUCCGAGUGGAUCCCCCCAUGGGUGAGGAGGGCAACCACAAGCGACACCCAGUGGCGGCAGGAGGUGGCAGCGGUGAGGGCAGGAAGCGAUGCCCCUCCCAGUCUUCCAGCAGGCCCGCCACCAUGAUCAGCCAACCCCCUACACCACCCACUGGCCAGCCCGUCCGGGAAGAUGCCAAAUGGACGAGCCAGCACUCGGACACACAGACUUUGGGAAAGUGAAAAGCCCAUUAGCCCUGGGGUUUGGGGGGGUGGGGACGGGGUGGGCAAGAGUCCAUGGGGGUGCCCAGUCCCAGGAGAGGGGACAGAGAAGGGACAGGCCUCGAGUCAUUAGAAUGGGCCUUUGUGCUGAGUAGCAACGUGUACACCAUUUGGGCUAUCAGAGGUACCCCUGGGCAGGAGCCUCCACACACCCUCUUCCCCCUCCUCUCUCCAUGACUCUUCUUCACAUCCUAGCUUCUUCUAAGGGGGGGGAGGGAAAGGGGGGAGAUUUUUUUUAUAUAUAUAUAUAUAUAUAUAUCAAGUUUUAAAUUAUUGAUAGUUCGUCUGGAUUACCAAAAUCACUCUGUAGCCCUGCCCGCGGCUGGUAGGCCGCCACCCUGGUUCCCAGCCACAGCCUCCUGCUCCCCCUCAAGCCAACUAUGCAGCCCACAAGAAGGCCCUGUGGGCCCCAUUGCCCAGCACUGUCCCAUGGAAGGCUCUGGCAGCGUCCCUGGGCCCCACAAGCAUCAGCCCCCUGAUCAUCUGGGGCUUGUCAUCACCAUGUUCUCCCCCUGCUGUCCCCACCAUGCCCUUCUGCCAUCUUCUAGGAGAAGGAAACCAAAGGAUCUAGAAGUGGGGGCAGGGGAAGGUUUCAUCCUCUCCCCAUCCCCCUCUCCCCAUACCCCUUACUCCCCAGCCCAGAGAGACGCUGCUCAUACCAGAAAAGACUAUUGAAAGAUGAUUUAUUUUAUUUUUCUCUGACCUUUCCAUCCUUGGAAAAAUGGAAAAAAAAAAAAAAAAAGACAAAAUCGACCACAAAAGACCAAAAAAAUAAAUCAGAAAACCCCCACCUAAUCCUCAGAAAGUGAUGUCUUUCCCCUACCCUUGGAUUUUGUUUUUUGUUUUGUUUUGUUCUUGGAAAUAAUAUUUUUUUAAAAGUUGCCUUAUUGUGGAGCGGGAAUCAAAUACCCAAAUGCCUGUUUUCCUCGGUGGAGUCAACUCGAAGAGCUCACACCUUCUCUGGAUGUGCCUGGGCUGGAUUGGCUAGAAUCUUCCUCUGGACUGAGUUGCAUGUACAGUGCCUCCUGCCUGUAGGCAAGAGAGUUGGGGGCGGCUCACGUAGAGCCGUCCCUGAAAUACCCCUGCUGUUGCAUCGUUUGAAGCUGACGUCCUGUGUCUGUACACUGCUGCCACUGUCGUGUCCUCGCUCUGCUUGCUGUUGCUUCAUGACAGGCCCCGUCCUGCCGUGACACCCUUCAUCCUACCCUGGGAACCCCAAGGCCAGGUUGGCUUCAAACUGUUGAAGAAGAGCAUUGGCCUGGAUCUGGGACACACUUGGCCUCAGCUUGACCAUCUCCCCCCCACCUCCAAGGGGAAAGGUGAACACCUGGCAGCCGAGGCUGGGGAACAUGUUGCCCGGAAAGCUCUGAGACCUCAAGGAGGCUUUGUCUCCUAACAGGCGGAGAAGGAUGCCAUUCUCCUCCCUUGGGUCUGGAGGGGUCUCCCCAUCUUGCAUCCCCCCUCUGCAAGCCAUCUCUGCCCACCCUCCAAUUGACCCUGCCUGGGAAUGAGGGAUGAGGAGGAUUUGAGGGCUGGGGGGAAUCCUGCCAGUUGGAGAAGCCCCGCGGCAGGAAGGUAUAUGUGGACAUAGAGUAUACCUGACUUCUCUUCUCCAGCCACUGACUGCUGGGGUCGGGCUGAGCGACAAUGGCAUGGUUGGAGUCCGCUGGCACCCAAAACUAGGGAGGGUGAUGAAGGACUAACCCACACAGAUUGAGCUGUGUGUCAGGUGCGGGCGUGACAUGUUCCCCCGUAGUGGGGACCGAGCAGCACAGAGAAGUUGAUGGUAGUGUUGCUCCAUUGCUGACACUUCCUUGGCCCUCUUUUUAACUGUUUCUUCUGUUGGGCCCAAAGAUUAGGAGCAGGAGACAGUAUCCCAGACUGGCAAGGGCUUGCCCUCUGUUACGGGCACCUCACCGCUUUUGGCCUGUACCCUUCCCCAUCUCUGCGCUCCCAGUGGUUAGUAUGUGGGAAGCCCACCUCAGUUCCUGUGACCUGGUUUGUCUCGAAAGUCAAGGAUGAGUGUCUGGUCUUUGCUCUGUAAGUGGGAUCUGAAGCCUUCCCCUGCUGUUUGGUGCCUGCCCUGUGUUGUAUCAGAUGCUGGACUCCUGCAUCCCUUCUUCCCUUUUUACCCCCUUCCUUUGGGUCGCUCAGCCCUGUACUGUAUCCAGCACCAUAGAACCUCAGUGUUUGUCCUCUGCUGGGUUUGGGGGCGCAAGGAAGCCUUGGGGGUGUGCGGAAAGGCUUUUCUUUAACCUAGAGUUUACUCCCAGGCCAGGGGGCUGCCAUCCCCUCCCUGAUUCUCCCACAGACACCCCAGAGAGAGGAAGCCCCUUUGGGGUGGGGAGGUGAGGACUUCAUCUCAUCACAGGCUGAGGAUGGGGGGAGGGGUUUUUUCUCUUUCUUUUUUUGUAACAUGUUAGGAGUUAAUGUUGCAAAGAGUAGUUUACAUCUUCACUUUCUGAAGACACUUGAAUUUAGGACCGACGUAUCUGUGACAGGCAUGCCAGGAGUGGCCGGAGCCAUCAGGGGCUUGCCGCUUCACACCCACCACCCUCCCGUGGGGGUCCCAAGACCUGAGACAAAGCAGCCUGCCCAAACCCUUCCACUCAUCCUGUACCCCUCCACGAGUGGUCCACGCCAGUAUGACCUCUGGGCAUCAAACAUCACAAGGUCUGAGUGCCUCAGCCCUGCUAAGGGGCAGGGUUCUCUUGCCCUCUUCUGAACCUGGCGGCAGACUCACUCCCAGUAGAGUGGCUGCCUGGCCCUGCCCCAGCCUGGACCCCUGGGGCUCAGGCCUAGGUGCUGAGCCCCCAUGUCAAAGUUGUUACGUUUUUGUUUUGUUCCAUUGUAGCUCAUUUUUCCCCCUUUCCUGAUGAUUGAUUUUACAAAAGAAAGUAAGCUGCUCAGCAGGCCCUGGAAGUGGGGAGCAGGGGCAAGGAAGACGACUAGACAAGGGGCAAGGGCGGGUGGGCGUGGGUUUUGUUUUUGUUUUUGCCAAAAAAGCCUGAGUACAGCGGUGUGGAUGAUCUGGUGCCCUUGUGAGUGGGACCCAAAGUAUGUCCUGUUGGAAAGGCCCCUGGAUUUGCCCCCGCCCCUGCCCUCUCCUUCAGCCAUGUCAAUGGCAGAGGCAGAGAAGAUCAGAACUUCUAGCCCGUUUCUCACUGGCGAGGAAAACUUGUCAUCUGGCUUUGCGGAGAAGGUUCCACCUUACGCUCAUAGUACAUUAUCUUUACCAUGUGCUAGGAUAUCACAUUUAAAAGGACAAAAAAAAAUGUAAAAUACUUGAAUGAGCUUGUAUUAUAACAUUAAUAUUAUUGAGAGCAUCUGCUUUCCAGGCUGAAGUGAUUCAUUCAUUAUUCUAGUCCUGCUUUAGUCCUUUGUAAUUUGUGGUAAUUAUGCUUUUCUUUUUAAUACAAAAAAAAUGUAUAAAAAUAAAAACUUGAAAAGGCAAAA